UUCCCCCUCCCGGCGGUCUCUUCCUCCGGCUCAAGGCGGGGCCGGGCACUCCCCAGGCGGCACCGAGGAAGCUCAUAAAUAGAGCGCGGCCAGCCGCCUGCUGGAGCGGAGCGCAGUGGGGUGAGCGCGCAGCGGCGCUAUAGGCAAGAAGGCGUCGUCGGGGCUGGGGGCGCCGGUUCGAAUCCUGUUGCCCCGCCCCCUCGCUCUCUUCCCGGCAUGGCUUCGCUGCUGGGCUCCUACGGCUGGUCGGAGGGACUGGAGUGCUCCCCUCUGGAGCUGCCCGACGGGGCCCCCGCCGCCGUCACCGCCGCCGCGGGGAGCCGGCCCGAGAAGGGGAGCCCCGAGAGCCGGAUCCGACGUCCCAUGAACGCCUUCAUGGUGUGGGCCAAGGACGAGAGGAAGCGCUUGGCGGUCCAGAACCCAGACCUGCACAAUGCCGAGCUGAGCAAAAUGCUGGGCAAGUCUUGGAAGGCUUUAACUCCAUCCCAGAAGAGACCGUAUGUGGAAGAGGCGGAGCGGCUCAGGGUUCAGCACAUGCAAGACUACCCCAACUACAAAUACCGGCCCAGGAGAAAGAAACAGGUCAAGCGGAUCUGCAAGCGAGUGGAUCCAGGCUUCCUGCUGAGUAACCUCUCCAGGGAUCAGGACCCCAUGCCAGAGAAACGGGUGCGCAGCAGCAGGGCAGCAGGUGAAAAGGACAGGCAGGCCGACUACUCACCCGGUCCGGUGCUGUCGAGCCUGGGGAGAUACCGGGAGGUUCAGAGCGGCAAUGCUGGUGCUCCCAUGGACACUUAUCCGUAUGGCCUGCCCACUCCACCUGAGAUGUCUCCGUUGGAUGUGAUAGAUCCUGAGCAGAGCUUCUUCUCCUCCCCCUGCCCCGACGACCCCCGCCAUCCCCACAUGUCGGGAGCCCCCUAUGCUCUGGAGUAUGCCACCAGCCCUCUUCGGGGUAACCAUCCUCUAGGGCAUAUGUCAGUCUCUCAAGCAGCCCCCUCCCUCCCUUCCCCUCCCUCCAGUUGCCCAGCUCCCCCCUCGGGCAAUUAUUACUCCCCGGCUUUCCAUCCCCCCCUCCAUCCCCCCGGCCUCCACGCCCACCUUGGCCAGCUCUCCCCUCCUCCCGAGCAUCAGAACUUCGACAGCCUGGACCAGCUGAGCCAAGUGGAACUCCUGGAGGAGAUGGACCGCAAUGAGUUUGACCAGUAUCUCAAUGCCCCCGGACACCCAGAGCCUAGCGGACUGAUAAUCAACGUGCAAGUAUCUCAGCCAGCAAGCGGUGCCCACUCCUCUGAGAACAGCCUCAUUUCCGUCCUAGCUGAUGCGACAGCCACUUACUACAAUAGCUACAGCGUUUCUUAGGCCUGCGGGGUGAGAUCAGCCCCCUUGGACCGACCCAAGGAAGGAUGUUUUGCCGGAGAAAAAGGUCUGUGGCCUUCUCUGACCUUUCUACCCUUUCUCCUCAGGGUUUCCCAGUCUGAAAGAAAUGGCUUUGUAUUUUGGCUACUAGGUAAUGACUUUAUCAAGCAAUCCUCCCCGUCUAAAUCUUUUGAGUAUCUGACUUCAGAAUCCCACUUCCAAGGGCUGAGGGAUGCCUCUUGAUUGAGUGGUAGACCAUGGGUUCCCAGACCAUGGUCUGCGCCUCCCCAAUGGUCCAUGAGCUUCAUUCAAGUGGUCUGUACCGUAUCUGUCUGGAUUUGUGGUUGAAGUUGGGGCAAGGCACCUCCAUUGCAUUAAAUGUUCAUGUUGGUUUUUA